GCACUUCCCCUCCCCUCGACAGACAUUUUUCUGAUUCCAGUCAACAGACGACAGCUUACAGCCUGGAAGUAGAUUUAACUUCGCUCUGAACAGGAAUCAAGAUGUUUCAUACAUGUGGACCCAAUGAAGCCAUGGUGGUGUCUGGGUGUGGCCGCUCUCCACCUGUAAUGAUUGCUGGAGGAAGAGUGUUUGUCUUACCGUGUAUACAAAAGAUUCAAAGAAUUUCCCUCAACACUCUGACUCUAAAUGUGAAGAGUGACAAAGUUUACACCCGUCAUGGUGUCCCGGUCUCUGUCACUGGAAUUGCACAGGUGAAAAUUCAAGGUCAGAACAAGGAGAUGUUGGCCAAUGCGUGUCAGAUGUUCAUGGGAAAAGAAGAGGAUGAAAUUGCUCGCAUUGCACUUGAGACACUGGAGGGACAUCAGAGAGCUAUCAUUGCUCAUUUGACUGUAGAGGAGAUCUACCAGGACCGUAAGAAGUUCUCCGAACAAGUCUUUAAAGUGGCCUCCUCAGACUUGGUCAACAUGGGGAUUGGUGUUGUGAGCUACACGCUCAAAGAUGUUCACGAUGAUCAGGGUUACCUUAUCUCUCUGGGUAAAGCCCGUACAGCUCAGGUGCAGAAGGAUGCCAGGAUUGGAGAAGCUCAAUAUAAACGAGACGCUGUUAUAAAGGAGGCCCACGCAAAGCAGGAGCAGGUGUCUGCUCAGUACAUGAAUGAGAUUGAAAUGGCAAAAGCCCAGAGAGAUUACGAGCUGAAGAAAGCAGCCUACGAUGUCGAGGUCAACACCAAGAAGGCAGAGUCAGAAAUGGCCUACCAGCUUCAGGUGGCAAAGACCAAGCAGCGCAUUGAGGAGGAGAAGAUGCAGAUUCUGGUGGUGGAGCGUACGCAGCAGAUUAGUCUGCAGGACCAGGAGAUCAUCCGCAAAGAGAAGGAGCUUGAAGCUAAAGUGAAGAAGCCUGCCGAGGCUGAACGGUACCGACUGGAGAAGUUGGCUGAGGCGCAGCGCGCACAGCUCAUCUUGGAGGCUGAAGCUGAGGCCGAGUCCAUCAGGAUAAAAGGCGAGGCAGAAGCUUUUGCUCUGGAGGCUAAGGGUCAUGCCGAGGCCGAGCAGAUGGCCAAAAAGGCUGAUGCCUUUAAGCAGUACAAAGAUGGAGCCAUGGUGGAUAUGCUGCUGGAGAAACUUCCACUGAUGGCAGAGGAGAUCAGCAAGCCAUUGUCGGAGACCCAAAAGAUCACCAUGGUGUCCAGCGGCGGCUCAGAGGUGGGAGCAGCUAAACUCGCUGGAGAGGUGCUCGACAUCAUGACCCGACUGCCGAAUGCUGUGGAGAAACUCACCGGAGUCCAAAUCGCGCAGGUUGCUGGAACGACCACCCGUGUGUAUUAAGAAGAGCAGCAGCAUCCUGGUAGUCACGAAACUCCUCGCCUUGUUCCCGUGUUGACUCGGCAUCAUUAUAGUCUCGUCUCGCCGUCUGUGCAUGCGUUUCGCUUGUUUUCCUUCUAUAUAUGCAGAUGAAGAACUUGUCUUCCUCCUUCAUGUGGUUUGUUUUCCUGUUCAGUGCUGGUUUUGUGUUCUCACUGCAGACACCGUUACCGAUCAGCUUUUAUCUGUUGCUGUCAAAACCGCUCUCUCAAUGCACUGAUUCAGACUGAACGAAGAACUGCUGUUUUAUUCUCUAUGCAGCCGUUUACAUUCUCAUUGUUCCUGCAGAGGAUACUAAUACACCAAUGUGACCUUUUUAUUUGAGUAAAGUAAUUUCUGUGCCUUUUAAAUGCCCAAAGAAAAUCACUACAACACAUGUUUUAAUCUUUAUAAAGUUCUAAUGUUAUUUGACAUCUGAUGGAUGAACUGCAGACGUUAGGUCAAUCUUUAUUUUUUUACUGACACGAGUGAACGAUAUGUUUUAGUUGUCCAUUUGUUUGUUAGAAAACGUCAAACGUUAAGUCUGAAGUGUGUGAGCAGGAAAGUUGAAGGUUUUCAAAAGGAAGGGGGUGAUGAGUGGAAGAUUUGAGGUUUUCCUGUUUAGGCAGUGAAAGUGUCUUCUGGUGGAAACGGUUAUUUUAUUUUUUACUAAAGGAGGACCACAUAUACUCUCCAAUAAACAACCUGCUUCUUUCAUCUGUUUGACUUUAAUAAGUUACUUUUGUACCUUUUUGUUAUCAGUUGUAGUGAGACAUCAUCCAAAAGUGCUAUUUUAGUUUAUAAAUUGUCAGCUCUUGUAUAUCUGCACGUGUAGUUUUGAAUGUUAUGAUCAGAAACUAAAAGUGCUUCUAGUAAAGAUUAACUUGAUGCAUUUUGUUAAUCGCCAAGUGCCUGGUCAAAAGCCUCAGUUCACCCUUUAGCCUCUCAAAACUUCUGUCAGGGAAUCUUUUCCUCAUGUGCAACUCAUGUGUUCACGAGCCAUUGCUGUUGAUGGCUAUAAAUAAAAGGCAAGCGUGUCUUGACCUUUUUUGGUAUGUUUUUGUGACAAAUCUUUGAAAACGAUGCAUGACUAUUAAUUCAUUGUGAAACUGCUUCAAUGUAUCUGUAAUAAACUUAAUAAAAUGUUUUAUUUAC